AUGACAAGGUCAUUGGAUGAUUUGGGUGUAAACUGGGUGAUCGAGCAAGCAACCCGUCUGAAGGCUCGCCGGCGACCAUCAGUUGCCUCUAUAUCUAUCACUGCUCCUUAUUCCCGAGCUUUGAACGAAGCCGUGGACGCCAUGGUCGAUGCCGGAGUCGAAACGGCCGUCGCUGCCGGCAAUGAUAACACCAACGCUUGCGACUACUCUCCAGGCAGCUCUGCUAAGGUUCUAACAGUCGGUUCGACCUAUGACACAGAUGGCCGCCUCAUUUCUUCCAACUACGGUCCAUGUAUCGACAUCUUCUCCCCCGGCGCCUACACAGUAUCUACAUGGAUAGGUGCUAGCAACAGAGCAACCGAGACCCUAACCGGUACUUCCAUGGCUUGCGCUCAUGUAGCUGGUGCCCUAGCUCUGUACCUUACUCAGGAUGAACUGAUGCACCAGAGCACGGCCAAUGUAGUAACAGAUCCCGGUCCUGGAUCACCAAACAGGUUCCUCUACAUUCAGAAGAAAAGAUGAAGGUCUAUGCAAGUCCCCACUUCGCAUCUUAAAAAGUAAUCGCUGAAAUUGAAAAUGAUCAAGUAUAAUCACACAAUAGAUUUCAGAUUGCGUCAUCACAAUGCAAAUGUUUAAAGUUUUACACCGGACCGUUUGAAAGCAAGUUUUCAUCCGAUUGAAAGAUAAUAGUAGAAGAGUGCUCACAGCUUCUUAACGGCUUGAUAUUUAAAUUAUGCUCUAUACGUUUUUUAUCGACAUAUCAAAAUAAUAAAUCAAAUGUAUAGAAUUUAAAAAUACAUGGAGUAAUUUUCUACCUGUAAAUGUUUUAUGGACGAAUGGACAAUCAUUAAAGGGGUUAUCAUCCUAA